AUGACUUCUUCAUUAGCCACUCGUGUUAUCGCUCUUGAAAGCGUGAAUUCUCAUCAAUACUCCUCUUUUCACAACCCUGGUCCUCGCAAUCAUUAUUUCAUGGCCGGGCCCGUUCAAACAGGUUCGGACCCAGUCACCUUUCACAAUCCGCUUUCGCGAACACCGAACCCAGUGGUAUCGUCUCCGUCUUCUAUCGCAGCCACAUCAGGCCCCAUAUCCUCCUUCUUGAAAUCUACGGAACCCAGGAGUGGAUCUAGUCUCAGCUCAAUCGCCACUGCAGGAUUACGGACUUCUCCUUCGCCAAACAUGGCGUCUAGUUCGCGGUUGUCACCGCAACCAGUGACAGCGAGCAACCCGCAUCGUCGUCAGGAUGGACCGCGAGAGCGCACCUCUAGCGAACAGAAUCAUAGCGAUGGGAGCACACCGCUUCCAGAUGGGGCAGACGAACGAAAAGACAAAAUCCAGGGAGGUUCGAAAACUGCUGCCAUAACAAUCUUAACCCCAACAGAUCCGCUGGAUGGUGCUCCAAAAUCGAUCCAGAUAUCUGCAGAAGACUCGAGGACUGAUAUCCAUGCGCGACGUGCAAGUUCUACUGGCCUGUCGGAUGGGUUUGAUACGGGAGAUAAUGUCGGUGCCACAACUACCCUAAUGAACAGUAGAACCGUUGCCAGCCCUGGGCCUAUUGAGGAGCCAAAUACCAUGGAAAAUGAACGAACGCGACGCAAAGAGGAAGACCUUGUGAUGGAGGAAGGAAACAAAUCAUUCUCUUACCCGGUACCGAUGCCUGCGUCUAACAUGAACGAUCCUAGAAGAGGAAUGAGUCUUCCCCAUUCAGGCUUCAAAGGAAGUCCCCGAUCACCUUCCGUGAAGAAACACAGAUGCCACCAUUGCGCAACUGAAUUUACUCGCCACCAUAAUUUAAAGAGCCACCUUCUCACCCAUAGCCAAGAAAAGCCGUACGUUUGUCAGACAUGUCAAUCACGAUUCCGGCGACUACACGACUUAAAGCGACACACAAAACUUCAUACCGGCGAGCGGCCACAUAUAUGUCCAAAGUGCGGUCGUCGAUUUGCUCGAGGUGAUGCGCUGGCACGACAUAACAAAGGUCAAGGAGGGUGUGCCGGGAGGCGAUCUAGCCUGGGAAGCUUUCUUGGUGAUGAUGAAUACGGUGAUGGAGGCACUCCGGGUGGAGAAGAUGGAAUGGAGGGUCUUAUGUAUACUGAGCCGGAUCGAAUGGAUGAAGAGGAGGAGAAACGUGUGAAUAUACCCAGCAUUAAAAAGCACAACCCUCCAGAUUCUCAACGGACAUCAAGCGCCGGGCAUGUAUCCUUUCAAUCCCACCAAUCUAGCACCUACCCCCCUCUAGCAACCAGUCGACCCUCACAAGGUAGCCUCUUUCCACCAGUCACAAGCCAUCCAGGCUCCAGUUCUUCCCCUUCCCCCAUCUCGCAAUCUGGGAACGUAUCUUUCCCUCCAGGAGGAGGUAGCAGUUCCUCUUCGGGAUUCAAUACCCAACAACAGGGCAGCUCAAGUUCCGCCUUCGCGCAGAACAGUAUGACUGAAAGUCUCAAACCUCUAUCGCCGAACGUAAUUCCAACUCGUCAACUGAGCCACGGAUCGGAUCCUAAUGUUCAACCCUCACAAGCUUUAUCCCCUAAUCUGAAGCCUCAGUACCAACAACAACCACAGCAGCAGCAGCAACAGCAACAGCAACAACAACAAUUCAGCCGAAAUAGCGUCCCUGAAAACAGCAGCGGGCCCUCCCAGAACCUCCCGGGUCCGCAGCUCCCUCCCCCGCAUGGCCUAAACAGCUCAGAUACCCGAUUCCCACUCCCCAGUCCGAACUCCGGCCAAACACAGGGUCAACUUCACUCAAUGUCUUCAGCCUCGCCCCACCUGCAGCCGCAUCCCCACACCAAUGCAGGUACAGAUCCAAACUACAACAACAACCUUAAUAAUAAUAGUAAUAAUAUGUUCUCUCAACAAAGGCAGCCGUCAUCGUCAUCACACCCUAAUGCCCCGCCUCCUCCUGAUAGAAUAUGGGCGUAUAUGCGGACACUCGAAGACCGCUUAAAUGGUCUGGAAGAAGAAGUCGGUAGACUUCGGAACCAACUAGCUGCAACAAACAAUGAUGCUAGUGGGGCUGCCAAUGGCUCAUAG